GCUAAUGACGUCAUCAAAAACGGUCAUUGUUGUCAGUGUGGAAAUGUGUUAAGCGGUUGUGUGUAGUUUUGGCUCGUUUUCAGUAAUUCCUUUUGUUUUGACCACCGAGACUGAGCAAUGUAAGUACUUUGACACACUUAAAGCGAUAUUGUUCGAGCAAUGAUUCGCAGAAUAUGUAUUUUUAAAGUAAAAAGGCUUUCUAACACUUAGCCGCGUUAGCUUCACAGGCUAAAAAUGCAGUAUGUAAGAUGUAUGUGAUAGCUUAGUUUGGAUUUAUGGCUGUUUUUCAGGGCGGACUACUGGAAAUCGCAACCAAGGAAGUUCUGCCAGUACUGUAAAUGCUGGAUUGCUGACAAUAAGCCUGUGAGUAGACGAUAAGAGUCAGUGGAUAUACCUAAGGACAGUAUCUGUAUAUGCAUGCUGUGUCUAUGUUGUGAUCAUGGAAGAUCACAUGCUUGUUUUGCUUUGCAGAGUAUUGAGUUCCAUGAAAGAGGGAAAAACCACAAAGAAAAUGUUGCUGCAAAAAUCGCUGAGGUAAAAACAAUUCCAAUUAUGUACAUUAUUCCACCUAAAUUUCCCAAACUCACCUGUAUUCAUGGAUUUAAAUGUCUCCAAAACACUGAUCAUAUGUUAUUUCAGAGGAAGUUUGUCAGUAUUUUACAAACUGGCCAGUCUUGGCACUGCUCUCAUGCCUGGUAACAGAGAUAAGGUCCCAGACUUGACGCCCACUAGUAAAGAUGUCGUCUGAUUGGCUGCACCCUGCUGCCACUCACCUUAUCUUCAUUUCUGCAGAUUAAAAAGAAGAGCAUUGAUAAGGCCAAGCAGGAGGAGAAAAUGUCCAAAGAGUUUGCAGCGAUGGAGGAGGCUGCGAUGAAGGCGUAUCAGGAAGAUCUGAAGAGGAUGGAAAGGGAAGCCGCAGGUAAUUUUCCACAUUUCAUCAAAAACUGCUCUGCUAACUUUAAACUUCUUUUGAUAAAACUUUGAAAUGAUUCGUCUUUGUGGCAGGUUUAAGUUCACCAGCUCCAGCAACACCAACACAGCCCCCACCUCAGGCAAAACCUCAGACUAAAAAACAGCAUAAGAAGGAGAAACCAAGCCGGAUGUCAACAGCGCAAAAAGAAGCACGAGUGUGGGUUCAAGGACAGUCAAAUGACGGGCACACGUACUAUUAUAACACAGUAACAGGAGGUGGGAGUCACAAAACUCUUCUUUUUGACACAUUCAACUUAUAUCUAUUUGCAUUUCAAUGGAUGAUGGUGUGUUUGGGUUUAAACGGCAGAAUCUCAGUGGGAAAAACCUGAGGGUUUCCAGGCGGGAAGUUCAGCUGUGGCGCAACCUGCUCAAACUCAGGUGAGAGAUGUUUGAUUUCAGUGAGUCUCAGUGGAUUUCCUUUGUUUUAAAUAAGCUGUUUGUUGAUAAUUCGCUUUAAUAUCUUCUUGUUGUGUUCCUCUUUAGAGUGCCACAGCUUGUGCUUGGAUGGAAGCCCUCAGUUCUGAUGGUUAUACGUAUUACUACAACACAGAGACCGGAGGUGAAAUAUUCUUAAUGCAUCGAAUUUUAAACAUAUUCAAUUCAUUCUUCAUGAGACUAAUAAUCACCUACCCCCUCACUGUGCAGAGUCAAGUUGGGAGAAACCAGCAGACUUUGUUUCAAACAGCGAAGGAGGGAGUCAAGAGGAGCCUUUACCUCCUGGAGCAGAGGAGGAGAAGAGCUCUGACGUGACCCCAGUGCAACAGGAGGCCGAGGCUCCCGAAGAGACCACCCAGCAGCCUAAAGUCCCAAAAAUCAGCUUCAGGGUAAGACAAAUGAGGGAAUAGGAGAAAUUUCUUGCUACGGUGUCACUGGUUUAAUCAUAUUUUUAUUUUCAGAAAAGGAAAGUGGAAGCCGAGCCCUCAGAAAAGGAAGAAAAAGAAGAAGAUGAAGAGGAUAAAGUAAGUGAGGAAGCUCCUAAAAAGGACACUGAGGAGACGGAGAAAGAGGACGAGGUCUCCACUACGACUGCUGAACCUGAGGAGAAGAAGGUAGAAGAGGCUGUACAAGAAGUGAAACCAGCAAAAAGGCCAAAAGCCGCCACUCCGUACGGGGCUUGGGAACAAAUCCAGGAAGAGAAGGAUCCAUAGUAAGUGCUGUUUGAGCUGAACUUAAGAAAACUUCUAUACUGAGUUGUCAAAGCUUUAAUCAGUAGCUCUCUUUUUUUCCUCUUCAGCGCUGACGUGGACCUACAGCUGCCCCAGGUGGAGGAAAGCACAGCCAGCGCCCCUGCAGACCUCCCUCCAGAGCCAAAACCAAAAUUCAAGGAACGCGUCAUUACAUCCCUGGGAGAGGAAGGUGGACCCGCUUCAUUCAGGAAAAACAAGACCCAGAACGGCAAAUCUAGGAGCAUCAGACAGAGAGACAACGACGACUGACCCAAAACACCUAACUGCAGCAGGAUAAGACUUUUUCCAAGAACUCUUUGGAUAUUUAAAUGCAACAAUGGAUUUCCACCUGAGGCACAAACAUCUUAGAGAAAAAUUGGCUGAAAAGACUUGAACACGAGGUGGAAUAUCUACCAAAUCUACUUUGAUUCAUAGAGAUACUCACCACAGUCCUUUGUCUGUAUUUAGGGUAGAGAUGGUGUGUUUCACUUUUAUAGUCUGAUAAUAUCCCAGUGUGUUAAUAAAAUGGAUUUUUGCUAUGGUCUGUUAAGUGCAGGUUUGCAGUGCUGAUAAGUUUGAGUAUUUUUCAUAACUGUAUUUUUUUAUUCAAAGUCAUGAAAGUCGACCAGGAUUUUUUUGUGAGCAUAAACCGCAGCAAACAUCAAUCAAAAUAUGUCAUAAUUUCGUAAAGCUGUUUGGACAGAAGUUAAUAAAGAUGGAAGGGACCAGAAAAUAAUACAUUGUGUUUAUCAACCCAUAAUGGCAAACCUGUAAUCUGAGUCUUACCUGUGUCUCUGAAUAUGACUGAGUCAAGGUCAAGAAAAUAAGAGUUUAUCUUCCAGUGUGAAGACUUACAGAUGAACAGACCGUCCAUCCCUGGAGCUCACAUCUACAACGCCCUAGCUGAUGCUCUUCCUGUGGACAAAAUGUAAACGAAGCACCCUUUCAAUGCCCUGUACUUUGUUUAAUUGAGGCUCAUACUUACCAAUUUAACUAGAUUAGUUGAUCAAUUGCACAAAUAAUAAUGAGGCGACGAAGUGAGGGUUUCUGGUCAGUGGGCACACUCAGGGUGUGACAUGGUUCUAGUGAGUGUGUAUCAAGCUGAUAGGUGGGUUCACUCCCUAAUUGGCAAACAUCCAUAAAUGAUACUUGAUGAAGAAAUUCAAAAGCAGCUCUGAACAAAUACUGAUAAUGUUUCUCAUUAAAAGCAAUCAGACACAAAUGCAUGAAUUAUUCUAACUCUUACAAACCACAGCCCGCUUUAGAGCAAUAAAUACUUUGAACAGACA